CGGAAUCAUUUGAAGCGUGUCUCCUGUUCCUUAGUGACCCUGAGCAGGAUGUGUACAUUUUCUCUUCCUCCUCCUAUCCCAGCAAUCUCCUCCUCUAUAUCCUUGCUGCGCUGUCUCCUGCUGACGUGUCUGCCUUUCUCUGCUCAUGCUCCCACUCUGCUCCAUCCACAGGACACUGCCAUCCUGCUGCUGACAUGGCUGAAGCCAGAUCCCAUGUAUACCUCCUGCUCUUAUUUGCACAUCUCACCAGCUGCAGCACCGCACAAGACCGCAGAUUCUCUGACCUGAAGCGGUGCGGGGACGAGGAAUGUAGCAUGCUGAUGUCCUGGGGUAUUGCUUUGGAAGACUUCACAGGUCCAGAUUGUCGUUUUUUAAAUUUUAAGAAGAAUGAGCAAGUAUAUGUAUAUUACAAACUGGCAGGAAAAUCAUCAGAUCUUUGGGCAGGGACAGUUGACAAUAAUUUUGGAUAUUUUCCAAAAGAUCUACUGGACAUUAGAAAAGUACACAUUAAAGAUGAACUAGAACUUCCAACAGAUGAAACAGAUUUUGUUUGCUUUGAUGCAGGAACAGAUGCUUUUGAUAAUUAUAAUGUAGAUGAACUUUUAAAUAAACCAAAAGAAGCAAACACAGAAAUUAGUUUCUCAAAACAGAAUACUGACUUGCAGACGGAGCCUAGUUUAGAACUACAAAAAGAGUUUACAGAUACUGAUAAACCUCCUGAAAAUACAGAAAAGCAAAUUAAAGAGAAUAGUCCGAAAAGCAAAGAUGACACAGAUGAAAAAAACUCAGAAGCAGAGAAUACAGAAUCAAAAGUAAAAGAAGAUCAUCAGAAAAGCAAAGAUGAUACAGAGGAAAAUAAGACAGAAGCAGAAGUAAAAGAAGAUCAUCAGAAAAGCAAAGAUGAUACAGCGGAAAAUAAGACAGAAGCAGAGGAAGCAGAAGUAAAAGAGGAUAAUCAGAAAAGCAAAGAUGACACAGCGGAAAAGAAAACAGAAGCAGAAGUAAAAGAAGAUCAUCAGAAAAGCAAAGAUGACACAGCGGAAAAGAAAACAGAAGCAGAAGAUAAUCAGAAAAGCAAAGAUGAUACAGAGGAAAAUAAGACAGAAGCAGAAGUAAAAGAAGAUCAUCAGAAAAGCAAAGAGGAUACAGAGGAAAAGAAAACAAAAGCAGAGAAAACAGAAACAGAAAUAAAAAAAAAAGAUCAUCAGAAAAGCAAAGAUGAUACAGAGGAAAAGAACAUAGAACAAGAGAAAACAGAAGCAGAAGUAAAAGAAGAUCAUCAGAAAAACAUAAAAGUAAAAGAGGGAAUUCAGAAAAAUGAAGAUGAUAAAGUAUCAGAGGACCGAGGAAGUACCCUUACCAUUGAUAAACAAACAGAACAUAGUAUUGUGCCUCCUCCAUCUAGCAAUGAUGAUAAAGAAAAGGAAAAAUUAGAAAAAGUAGAUAAAUUUAAUGUAAAUAGUGAAUCUGAAAAAUCUCAGGAAGAAAAAAUUGCACUUCAGUCUCCAAACGAAACCAUUCUAGGUAAUCCACAAGUGCCAGAUAGUGACCAUGCCAAAUACAACAGCAUCUCUCAGGGAGAAGCCCUUGGGUCAAAUGAUAAACAUGAAGACUUAGAAUCUUAUACUCUUUUCAACAAAGAAAAGCUUCAGGUCUUGAAGACCCAUAUUGGCUCAUCAGCUGAUGCUGUUGUGACUGAUGAUGAAGAAACAAGAUAUGUUACACAAGAGUAUGAAUAUCCGGAUGACACCACAGAUGAACCCUAUGAUGAAGAGUCAGAGGAAGAUCUUUCUGAACAAUCAGAUGAGCCUCCUUUGUUAUCUUAUGAAGAAUCGGGUGUGAAGUCAAAGGAAGAGACUGAUUCUAUCAAUGAGGAUUUUGCUGCUCAAACAAAACCAAAGUCGGCAAAACCAGAAGAGGAGGUGAAGGCUGUAGUAGAUGAGGGAGAUGUCACACCAGUAAAACUAGAAAAGGAUAUAUUGACAACCUUAGGAGACACCUUCUUUGCAAUUGUUAGUGGUGGUGAAUAUACAGAUGAUGUCACAGACCCUGACAGAAUUGAUUCAGAAGAGGAAACAGAUGAGGAAGAUGAUGAACCACUUGAAGAUGAAAACAUUUAUUUACUCGACAUGGAAAAACAUGAGGGGAGACAUAGUGAUAAUAUACUGCCUGUAAUUAAUACUGAUGAUCAUGAUGAUGCUUACCGGAAAUUGUUACAAGAAAUUUCAUCUGCUACUAAUACUGCUGACCAUUUGGAAACUGAUCAAAAUGUAAGUAAAACUGUGGAUGCCCCAGUAGAUGAUUUGGGAGAAAAGGAUAAAAAAGAUGCAAUUGGUGAAAAUGAUUAUGUAGAAAUAUUUCAUGAGUCUCCAGAAACAAAAUCUGAUGUUAUAAGUGAUUCAGAGGCAUUACAAAAUGAGGCUGAAAAUGAAAAAGAGCCUCUAGAUAGUAAAAAUACAUCUACAGAGGCAUUAGUAAACAUAAUGGCAUCUUCAGACUCUCCUGACAAAGAAAACAAAGUAACUAAAGUAAUAGAUGAAAAAAAGACAGCUGAUGAUACUGAAGGAAAUAACAAGUCCACAGAUGGUACUCAGAAAGUAUUUCCAACUGAACCUCCGAAUGAAGAGUCACAAACGCCAUACACUGAGAAAAAAGAGAGAGAACGAGUGGAAAAUGUAAAGACCAAAACAAAAGCUGCUGUUGAUGAAAAAUUUCAAAAUGAUUCCACUGGAAAAAAAAUUGAAUCUGAAGAUGUGGAAUAUAAAUUACCUGAAAUAACCAUAAAGGAUAAUAAUGAAAUCAAAACUUUAAUUACUGAAGAGGAAUCGGCAGACCGUACAUUAUCAGAAAGCAGGAAAUCUACAGAUGCUUCUAUUACAGGAGAAGUGUUAAAAGCACAGGAAGAUUCAGAUGUUGAAACAUCUGACAUAAAGAAAAAAGAGGAUGUAGUAAAAGAAACAUUAAAGUUACAAAAUGAGUCUGUAGACAGUGUAUUGAAAGAUGGUGAGAAGCCUACAAAUAAGUUGCUUACAGAAAAAUUACCAAAAGUAUUAGAGAAAACAGAUUUAAAAUCUACAGAUAUAGAAGAAGGCAAGAAAGAUGAACUACAAUUAAAAGAAAAGUCCGUAGUACAUGAAAAUGAUCCAGUUAUUGACACUAAUUUAAAACAAGGACAUAUGGAACAUGUACCUUUAGACAUGGUGGAUAAACAAAGUCAACUUAAUGAUUCUGAACAAAGUCCAAUAAACGAAGAUCUCAAAAAGCCAGUACAAGAUGAGGACGGUUCUUUUGAAGCUGGUGCUGUUCAAGAAAAUGGUACUAGCACAAAGAUUGGGAAUGAAGAAAAAACAAAAUUGGACAUGGAGAACGUUAUUGAAACAGAAUUUACCAAUGAAGAUCUUGUUGGUGAAACUGAAAACGAGUUAUUGGAAGAUGAAAAUGCUGCCAGUGCACAACGCUCCAAGCAGAAGCUAGCAAAUACUGGAACUACCAUUAUAGAUUCUGACACUGUAGAUAAAGCUGAGGAGUCGGUCAACACUCAAAAUGAAGGUGUAGCAGUAGACAAAACUGAGGAAAAAUUAGAUGAAGACAAUGAUGAAAAAUAUGUAGAGGAAAAUGAAGAUGAGAAUGUUGACGUUGAAAUAGAAGACCAAUCUAGCUCACCAAAAGAAGACAAACUUGUGAAUAAUUCAAAUCUGAAUGCAAAAAAAACUAAAGACACUGAGGCUUUAAAAGUUGAGGCCACAACUCCAAUAACAGAAGAUGAAAUAAACUCAACUUUACUUGAGACUGAACCCAUAGCAGAUGUUUCAAAUCAAGAAAAUAUCCACAAGGAUGAUUCUGUUCAUCAUAGUGAUGAGAUAGCUAAUGCACAACAAAGUGAAAAAGAUGAAGACGUUCCUCAUGAUACAGGGACUGCAGGAAAUAAUGCAACGGAGAAGCCAAAUUAUACUGAGAGUAUUUUGAAACUUAUUAUUAUUAAAGAAUACUUAAGUGAGGAAAAUAUAGCUCUCUUCAGAAAAUACCUUGGUUCUGAGAAUAUCUUUAAAGUUGAGUCCAUGUUUCAUGAUAUGGAGUCUGAGUUAAGGAAUGCACAAGUCUAUAAUGCACAACAAGAUUCUAUUGAGAAAAUUUUGGACCAAAUAUUGGAAUCCUCAGAAACUAAUAUCCUAGAAUUUGUAGAGAAUAUUUUAGAUACAAGAGUGGCUAAUGAUGAGGAGGAUGUAGCAAAAACGAAACAAAUGUUUGAUGAAGAAGAUUCUCUGUUGGAAAAUAUCCAAGAGGUUGCAUAUAGAUUGCGACUAAAACAUUCUCUGUAUGCUGAGAGCUCUGUUCUUACUCCGGAAAUUCCAAAGGAAACUUCAAGCAUCCAAAAAGAAGACGGUGCCCAUAUUAAUGAAGUUGUGAGUAAGGAUCAGAUAGAUCAGAAGCCUGGAUUGGAAGAUCCUCAGUCACACACAGAAGAAAGAAGUGCGGCCAAAGUGCCAGAAGCGCAGACCGAGGAGGAGGAGAAGGUCCUUGAACAACCUCCAGUGAAUGAUGCAGAAACAAAGCCAGAAGGUGUGAAUAUCAGUCUUGAAGAAUCAAAGCCUGGCUCACAAGAUCCUCAGAUGCACACAGCGCCGAGAGAUGCUGACAGUGUGCAAGAGACCCCAACUGAGGACGUGGGGAUUACAGAACAUCCAUCAUCAGUGGAUAAUACAGAACCAGAGGCAGAGAUUACAGCUGAAGAUGUUGCAGAAACUGAAGAGAAACUGCAUGAGACUUCAGAUGAUGCUGAGACUGAAAAGCAAUCUCAGGAGAUUUCAGCAUCACAGAUUAUUUCAACCACGGGGACGGUUCUGCUUGCAGCUAAAGACUAUUGGAAUCAUGUUUCACAGGUGCUGCUUUCUGCUCUACCUGAAUAUGCACAACCUGGUCCUGAUUUCCACGGUCCUCGAGGGGAAGCUCUUAGCAUCACAUUACUGGUGGGAGUCAUCACAGUUUUCAUCUUCAUGUGGAAAACCUGCUUUUCUGUUAAAAGUAAACGUUAUCAAGUGACUGAAAAGCAACUUAAUGAGAAGAUAGAAAAGCUCAUGAAGGAAAAAAGUGAGGCAUUGAACAAAAUAUCAGAAUAUGAACAGCAGAUAAAAGAAGCCAAGGAGUCUGAGACCAAAACAAAGCAUAAAAACAGCGAUCUGUUGACUGAAACCGGCAGCCUUCAGGGGAGACUUAAGGAGCUACAGAAAGCUAACAAAGAAUUAGAUGGAAAAAUUAAGAAUUUACACAGUGAUCUGGAAUUUCAUAAAGAGCAGAAUAAAAAGAAACAGGAAAAGCUUAUUGAAGGGAAGGAAUCUGUAAAGCGACUCCAAGAGGUGUAUUCACAGCACACGGCUGAACUUACAGAGUUUCAGAUAGCCUUAAAUGAGGCUAAACUAAAAGAACAGAAGGUGAGAUCAGAACUGUGUGGUGUUCAGGAGGAGAAUGUCCGGCUGAAAAACAACAAGGAACAGCUACUGAAAGAAGCGGACAGAUGGAGGGAGAGACAAAGGGAGCUAGAUGAGCAAAUCAAGCUUCAACAGAAAUCUCACGAAGAUUUGAAGGAAACGCUGGCGCACAAAGAAAAUGAGAUUGAGGUUUUGACUGCCUGCAUUAUGCAGCUGAAGCAUCUUGAAGAGGACACUUGUGCUGGAGAAGAUGGAGGUUGUCAUCAAGCCGAUGGGGAGCUGGUGAAUGGAGAAAUUACAGAUAAACGCAAGGAGAAGAUGAAGGUGCAUAUCAAGCAAAUGAUGGACGUUUCAAGGGUAAAAACCACAUUGUCUAUCCUUAAAGAGGAAAAGGAACUUUACCAAAAAAAACUAUCCGAUGAGAUUACUGCACGGCAUGAACUAGAAGAACAAAUAAAAAAGCUGCAACACGACAGUAGCACCUUGCAGAUAGACAAGACACAGCUGGAAAAAGAAUGCAAAGCCUUAAGCCAGAAAGUGAAGAUUCUUAAGGAGAUCUACCAGGAAGAGGAAAUGGCAUUGCAAAAGAAACUAAUUGAAGAGGAGUAUGAGCGUCAGGAAAAAGAAGAAAAGCUCACAGUAGCAGAUGAAAAAGCCAUUCUCGCCAGUGAAGAAGUCAAAAUACACAAACAGAGAAUUCAAGAAGUGGAAGAAGAAUUGCAAAAAACUGAGCGCUUCUUUAAAAAUCAGAUUGCUAGCCUUGAAAAGAAAGCGCAUGAAAACUGGGUUAGUGCUCGCGCCGCAGAAAGAACUUUGGCAGAAGAGAAAAGAGAGUCUGCAAACUUAAGACAAAAAGUUCUUGAAGCAAACCAAAGAAUUGCAGCUCUUCAGAAGCCAUCAAUUGUAAAACCAACAGCCGGGAGACCAGAACAGCAACAACCAGGACGGAGAAGUGCUCUGAGUAGAGAUGGCUCAUUUGGACCUUCACCUGUAAGUGGAGGAGCGUCUUCCCCAAUGAUGAUGAUGGAUCCAUCAAGCCAGCCGUCGUCUGCCAAUGUUAGCAGAGCAGAACACCCCAAAAGGGACCCUGCUGAACAUAGCCAUUCUGCAGCAGCAUUGAAUAGUGCUCCCAGGACAUCUACUCCGUCAAUGACUGUGGAUGGAAUGCAAAAUCCACCUAAUGAGUCUGAGGCCUCCAAUAUGCCUGCUAGUUCCUCUAUGUCUGAGGAUCCUGGAACAGUUGCUCCGUCUUCGCAUCCUACAACACCUGUUCCAAGUUCACCUGCCCGUUUAAUUGGUCCUCCUCAUCCGAGAGGCCCCUUUGGACCUAGACCAUUGCUUCCACCACAGGUGCAUGGUCCUCCGCCCUUAAUUAGGCCCUUUUUUCCCCCUGCUCCAUUGCCGCCUUCAGAUCCAAGAAAUUUUGCCCAAGGACCUUUUGGUCCUAGGGAAUAUCCUCCAGCUCCUAUGCCAUUGCCUGGUCCUGGGAGUUCUCCUGUGCCACCUCCAGGUGUUAGAGGCUUUCCACCAGGACUUCCUCAAGGAACCAGGGAUUUUCAACCAGGGCCCUUUGCACCUGGAUUAAGGGCUCCACCACCUGGAAAUGUUCCUUCUGCCAUGAGAGACUUCCCACCAGGAUCUCUACCUCCAGGACCUAGGGACUUCCCACCAGGAUCUUUACCUCCUGGACCAAGGGACUUCCCACCAGGAUCAUUUCCUCCUGGACCAAGGGACUUCCCACCAGGAUCAUUUCCUCCUGGACCAAGGGACUUCCCACCAGGAUCAUUACCUCCUGGACCAAGGGACUUCCCGCCAGGACCCUUCCCUCCAGGAGUUAGAGAGUUUCCACCAAGAUUACCACCUCCAGGAGGACGAAACUUUGUAUUGGAGCCCCCACAUACAGGAGUCAGGGACCUUCCUCCAGCACCGCAUCCUGGAUCAUUUCCAGGAAGUGCUGAGCAGCAUACAUUUUCACCAGGAUCCCAUCCGCCAACACAGACUGAUAAUCAAGACAAAUCUUAAAAUUAUGUUCAACAAAUGGACUUGGGCAAUGAAAAAGUACAUUGCUUUCAGAAUAAUAAACCAUUUGCUAGUUUACAUGAACUUGUGAAUUCUUAUUUCACGUGUCUUAUAUUUGCAAUAAGAAUUUUAUUCUUUUGAAUCUCCCUAUACAUUUUAAUUGCUAAAAUAAUAAAAAAAACAAUUGCAAAGUGAACGUUUUGUUUAGAAAAAUCUAAAAUCAGUCAUUUUCUGUUUUAAAAGGUGCAAUACAUAAAGUUUUCUGCUUUUUUAAUUUAAUAUGUAGCCAUGAUUUGUGAAAACAAAAAUGAGUGUCAUAAAUCUUUCAAACAUUUCCUGUGGAAAUACAUUUUAUAAAAAUGUUAAUAUGAUUGCUUUGCCACAUUUAGCUAGCUUAAUUAUGCUGUAUACCACUGGGUUACAUGAAAUAACUGAUUUUAAGAUCUGGUACAACACACCAGAGGCACAGACAGCCUUGUAAGUUGGAGAAAAACAAUAAUAAAGAUUUAAAACAACAAA